CCACUACCAAUAAGAAGACUCCCGGUGAUAGAUUCCCAUAAAAGUGAUUGUUCUAGUUCAGGGUCUGAAAAUAUACAAAGAGAAGGACUGAAUAUUUUGAGCCAAACAAACAAACCAAGGCAGGAUACUAAAGAACUUCAUAGCUGCAAAUCCAGUACUCAAUUCUAUAAAUCUGUACAAAAUAAAUAUCACAGAAAUGAGCUGGUAAACUAUCCGACUGAAAAUAGUAACUCACAGUCGGAACACUCGCAAUUUGACGUAGUCAUGAACGCUCUUGCAGAUAUGCAAAAGCAACUUCAUAAUCUGGUGCAAAAGGAAAAUGUUCCAACUAAUAUAACAUCAGUUCAUUUGAGGGACAUUGAUGAAAGGGAAGAAGAAAGACAGGAAAAUGAAAAAGAUAUUGAGAUUGGGAGAAUAGGCAGUGGUGUAAUUAUUAAAAAAUACCACUGGUACGAGGCUUGUGCCAAACCAACCCAAACGAGUAUGGCAACUUAUUUGGUUGAUGUAAUUUUUCAAAUAGAAACAUUGUUGGUCAGUAACUUACGCGGUGGGAAAUGCAAAAUAAAAUCUGAAAAUGAACAAGAACAAAAACAAGCUCUAGAUAAAAAUAUUAUGCAGGCAAUUUAUUAUUCAGUUGAAAAACAACAUAAAAGUAAGUUUGACAAGGCAAAGGUGGGAUCUGCCAUAAAUAAUCAUUUGACUUACCUCCGUAAACAAAAGGGAAAAAAUGAUGAACUGGAAAAGGAAUUGGAAAGAAUUGAAAAGGAUAAACAGUAAGAAAACAAAUGAAAUCUUAAAGAAUAAAAGAAAACUAGGUAAAAUAAAAUUUCACAGAUACAUUGAAACCAUAUUUUAGGAAAGAAAAUUAUGGGAAUGUAGGAGAGGAGAGCUUGUAGGAGAGGAUGUACUGUAUAUCUAUGCGAAUAGGAGAUUGCUCCUCAAGCUUGACGUUGGUUGAUCCAAUUAAUUUUAUUUUGAUUUAUUUUAACGCCGUAUCACUUUUUUUUACGUCACAAGACCGUUUAUAUUUUGUAGCUGGUCUAUGUU